CUGCUGUCACUCCACCCAACCACUCCGGUUGAAUCAACAACGACGCUCUAUCAUUAUCCCCAUCGUAUCCGAGAUGCCAAGCUCACCAUUGUCGGCAUUGACCCGAACAUCUUGCUGGAACAAGCAGGUGGCACGAUAAGCCAAGCAAUGCGGCCUGCGUUCAAGCAUUGCGCUAUACUGGAACAGGCAUCUGAAUAAGCGUUUCCCCAAUUUCUGGGCAACAGUUUGCCAUCGUUACGUAGCAUGGAUGAGUGAGGAGUAUGCAGCACGGAAGACAGGGUAUGCAGGUACGAUGUAAAUUUUCUCCUUUUAACCCAGUUGUCGCCGUUGUGACGGUUCCUGGUCCGUCCAACCUGUAGAUUCUUCGAUUGCGAAGCCGAUCUCAGUUGACUGCAACAAUGGCGCCUCAAGGCUGCUCAACGGCCUCUGUGGUCGUUCUCGCAGCUGCGAUGCUCGGCACGACAUCAGCAUUCCCAGCACAUUCGCUGAGGACCAGGGCGCCGACGACCCCUUUCGCGCCAAUUGACCCUCAGAACUGGGUCAAUCCAGACAACAUGACGUGGGACGACUUUGUCGCUCCACCAAGCACGUCCUGGAGCGACCCUGCGCGCAAGGGUCGAGACCGCAACUUCAACAUUGCUAUGGUCACUGUCGACUAUCCUGAUUCUCCGUUCGUUGUUACUCUGGCUGCCAACUCUGAUAUAUUCGGUAACCCCCAGCCGCUCGCUGCUGGCCUGAAACGCGAAGAUGUACCCAAGUUCUACCACGACUUGCUGAACGUUCCCAACGAUCUCAACGAGGGCCACACUCUCCAUGAGUACUGGAUGGGCGAUUCGUUCGGCAAGUAUGGCGUUGACUUGACUGUUUUUGGCCCUUAUCGCAUGCCCGCCAAGAGCUAUCAAUACGGUGUAGAUGACGAGCAAGGUGGUUUCAAUGAGAAUGCUUGUCCUGAAGGCCCGCCAUGCUCAGUCGACCUUCGAACAGACGCUCUGGGCGCGUGGCGCAGGGACGUUGGUAAUGAGACAGCUGAUGCGUUUGAGCUGGCAUUCAUCCUGUCUGCUGGACAAGAUGAAUCUUCCACAUGGCAGGAGUUCGGAGAGAUGAAGUUCUUGACCAAGGAGGAUGUCCCGGCGGAGUUUGGACCACCAGCGAACAGUUCGCUCCCCAACUACGCUGAUACUCGGUACGUCGAAUGGACUUCUUGGGCUGCAGCCUCAACUAUCUGGCCUAACGCCGGCGGCGGCUCAUCCACUCAGGGUGAAUCGAGUGGUAUGGCCACUUUCGCUCACGAGCUAUCUCAUCUUCUCGGAAUUGGUGACAACUACAACAACCCCUACAGUAUUCCUCCGCGCCGUGCAUACACUGGACCCUUCAGCAUGCUUGACCGUGGCUCUUUCAACGGCCCCGGAGGUCCUCACACUCGCUGGCAGAUCCCACCGGUGCAGGGUGCAUCUAUGGGCUCUCUCCACACCAUGCGUGACAAACAUCAGAUCGGCCUGAUUGACAACACUCCUAUUCUUCAAGUGUCACGCUCUGGACUUGCCACUUCUGGCGCUGUCAUUGCUGAGAUCACUGCCCGCUCCGUUGACCCGGGCACCGGUCUCAUGGGUCUCAACAUCACCUUCGGAGCGCAGGGCGACCUCGCACCGGCGUGCAACAUCUCUCUUGACGCACUAUGUGAUGGUCGUGGCUACAAUAAUUACAACAUUGAAGUCGUUGACCGCAUGGGCGCUGAUUCGUUCUGUCCAGACUCGGGUGUCAUGAUUAGCAAGACCAAGAACCGCGACCGCUCACAGCCCUUCCAGUGGGUUAUCGACGCAAACCCACAGGACGCCCACGUUGUUGACUUCUACCUGCCAAACGGCACGGCGAGGUACUGGAGCAUCGGCGACUACCGCCAACUUGCCGACGCUCUGUUCCACGCUGGCACAAACUCUGGCAGCGAGUUUGAGCACGUCGAUGAGGCGAACGGUCUCCACUUCUACGUGCUGGACAUCAACCGCGACGCCUCCGGUAUCCUGCGCUACACUGUCGGCGUGCGAUCUACCAACGAGGCGUCGACUGCGAAGCACGACGUCAAGCUGCGCCAGGGCACUGCGUCAGGCAAGUCGUCAGAGGGCCUGUAUUGCACGUUCCAGCUUGACAACACAGGCAAGGCCGGUACGAACACUACGUCGGCACACCCUCAGGAUCUAUCGGCGUACCUUGGAUCCGACAUUUUCAGGCUCGAUGCCAAGGUCGAGGGCAAGGGAUGGGAAGUAGGUGUCCCCAAUGCGUUGGCGUACGCCAAGUUCGGCGAGAGCACGGAGGUCAAGGUCGCUGUGAAGAGCGGGUAUGGUGCUGUCAACAAGGCCACAGUCAAGCUGACUGUAACGAGCGAGAGCGAUCCAAAGGUGAAGGCGCAGAAGAGCUGCCAGGUACAGGCGUAGAUAGAUCAAGACGACCAUUUACUUCCCCUGCCCUCUUUGCUUUUGAGAUGGAGCUACUAUGAGGGGAUGUUAAUGUUGCGCAUGCGUGUAAUGCUAGUGUAUAUUAGCGUUAGGUUCAGGCCUACCUACUAUAGGCCUACUGUAGGCCUCUCAAAUAAUAAUGGACAGGAAGCCCAAGAGCUGCCUCUUUGUUACUAGUGC